AUGGCGGCGCCGGCGCCGAUGCAGCUCAAGGUGCGGGUCCCACAGAACGAGGAGGUCGCUCGCUGCCUCCACGAGAAGCGGCUGUCGAUGAGGGAGCAGCCGGCCGGUUUCAAGGAGCACCUGGACCGCACGUUCGCCAAAGCCUACCGCAAUGUCUGCGCCGCCAAUGAGCCCAUCCGGACUCUCAAGGAGUUCUCUAAGAUCAAUGGUGUGGGACCAUGGCUAAUACGUUGUAUGAAAGGCUUCUUUCCAGAGUCCAAACAGGAUUCUCCAACGAAAGGAAAGAAAACAAGAGUACCAAAGUGCCCUAAGCCAAAGAAGAACACUGCUGCUCCUGCUUCUUCUCUUGGUAGCAUUAUGCUUGCUAUUUCAAUAGGUUCUUCUGACUUCAAUAUGCUAGAUAAGGAUGUUGUAUCAAUGGACAAUUGUAUACUGGCUAUGCCACCUCGUCAAUCAAGUGAAGAGUUUCUUGAAGCUUACGAGGUUGUUCUGAUAUUGGAUGAUCGUGAGAAUUUCGGGUAUUCCUCAAGAAAAGUUGCUUCAAAAAAGGUUGCUGAUAACAUUGGUUCGCAGUUUAAAGUACCUGUAGAGGUUAAACGUUUUCCUGUAGGUGAUGGCAUUUGGAUCGCUCGUCAUAAAAAAUUUCUGACAGAGUAUGUUCUAGAUUUCAUUGUUGAAAGGAAAAAUGUUGCAGAUUUAGGUAGCUCAAUUAGAGACAAUCGAUACAAAGAUCAGAAAACAAGGCUGCAGGAAUGCGGGUUAAAGAAGCUCAUAUAUCUUGUUGAAGGUGAUCCAAACACUUCAAAAGGAUCAGCAGCAAGCAUCAAAACAGCCUGCUUCACCACUGAGAUUUUCGAAGGAUUUGAUGUUAUCCGUACCAGUGGGUAUGCUGAUACCAUGAGAACAUAUGGUUAUCUUACACUCUCAAUAAUUGAUUACUACAGCACGAAUUUCCACAGUCUUGCUAAAAGUGCAUGUAUAUGCCCAAGCCCAACCUAUGAUGAGUUUGAGAGACAGUGUCGUUGCCUUCAGAAGAAAACAGUGAGCCAAAUAUUUGCACUGCAACUUAUGCAGGUGCCACAAGUAACAGAGAAAGUUGCAUUAACUGUUAUAGAGUUCUAUCCAACUCUUUUCUCACUCGCAAGGGCGUACUCCAUGCUUGAAGGUGAUAUCCAUGCCCAAGAGGAGAUGUUGAAGAACAAGAGCAAGAUGAUAAAUGCAGGGGCUAGUAGAAACAUCUUCAAGCUUGUCUGGGGUGAUGCAGGGCCGAGCCGGCAAAAAUCGAGGCCCUGUACCAAACUCUAA